CUUCCAAAAUAGUUGGUUUCAGCUGUAUUCGCUUGGUAGCACACUACUGCAUCAACUGUUCUUGUUUUAUUCACAUCAGCAGCUAAUAAUCACAAAAGGUAAGCAUAACUUUAUGGAAACGUCUCAUAAGAAACUUUACAAGGGUGACAUAUAUUUUGAUAUCUGAUAGAAAUUGUCGUGUGAAUUGAGAACCAUGUAUCAUUUUUAAAAUUUGGAGAGUAUGAGGUGCCUCCAACGCUUGUGGAAUAAUCUGAGGUAACUUUGGCAAAUUUUUUAGUUUAAGGAAUCAACUUGCCUUUGAUUAAUAUGAGCAAAUGGUAGCUAAGGUCAAGAGAUCAGAUGAGUAGAGGACAAAAGAUCAGAUGAGUCAUGUGACAUGCUAUCUGGAUGGUCAAAGCAGAUGACAAUUUCACUAAGAACUCUCAGAUAAGAUACAUGACAUCAUAAUGCUUAGACAUGUGAAAAUAUAUUCCCUCUUCACAGGCUUUAGGUUUCGACCACGCAUACUGAUCGAUGUCUCCCGUAUUAACAUGGCCACAAACGUCUUGGGCUUCAAUAUUUCCAUGCCUAUUAUGAUUGCUCCCUCAGCCAUGCAGAAAAUGGCUCACCCUGAAGGAGAGCUUGCUACUGCAAGAGCAGCAGCUUCUGAAGGAACUAUAAUGACGUUGUCCUCAUGGUCUACUGCUAGUGUUGAAGAGGUUAACUCAGUAGGGCCAGGGAUACGUUUCUUCCAGCUUUAUGUGUACAAGGAUAGGAAUAUAGUACGACAACUCCUCAAAAGGGCUGAAAUGGCUGGCUUCAAGGCUAUUGUACUCACUGUUGACACUCCAAGGCUUGGUCGCAGGGAAGCGGAUAUAAAAAACAGAUUCACCUUACCUCCGCAUCUGGUGUUGAAAAACUUUGAAGCACUGGAUCUUGGAACCAUGGACAAGACAAAUGAUUCUGGCCUUGCUUCCUAUGUUGCCAGUCAAGUCGACCGCUCUCUCUCUUGGAAGGACGUCAAGUGGCUACAGACAGUCACCUCGUUGCCGAUCUUAGUGAAAGGGGUCAUGACUGCAGAAGACACUAGACUUGCCAUUGAAUAUGGUGCUGCUGGUAUCAUAGUGUCCAAUCACGGCGCCCGCCAGCUAGAUUAUGUUCCUGCAACCAUCAGCUGCCUGGAAGAGGUCGUGAGGGAAGCGAAGGGCCGCCUGCCGGUGUUCCUCGACGGCGGCGUCCGCCGUGGCACGGACGUGUUCAAGGCCCUGGCAUUGGGAGCUUCAGGAGUGUUUAUCGGGCGGCCGGUGCUGUUCUCACUGGCCGUGGACGGCGAGGCCGGCGUGAGGAAGGUGCUGCAGAUGCUGAGGGACGAGCUGGAGCUCACCAUGGCGCUCAGCGGCUGCACGUCGCUGAGGGAGAUCGCGCGCGCCCACGUCAUCACCGAGAGCGACAAGAUCGGUCGCUCGCGGCUGUAGAGCUUGCAGUUCAGUCCAGAUUCGUGAUCCAUCGAACUGUCCCCGAACGAAUAACCGAUUCGAGAUACUGCUUUUGUAGCUCUUGUGCUUCCGUUUGACGUCAGGCAAAUAAGGAGGGUGCGUGUGCAUGUGCCUGCGUAUGUGCUUGCACUGUUGUUGUAGCUUGCAGUAUUGGUGAGUGGUGACUCCCUGGUUCUGCCAAUUGAAAGGAGUUGAUGAA